AUGGACACCACAAAAUCAAGCGCCGCCCAGCGGAGACAUCUAACACGAACCUCCACACCGCUCGACGCGCCCAUGAUCGACAGCUGGUGCGACUUGCCACGAGAAAUGAUGGAGAUCAUCAUCCUCGAAGCCACGACUGAAGCCGCAAUGGCUCCAUUGCGAGUCACCAUGACCGCCUACCAACCAGGACAGCCGCGGUGUAUACGAGCGGUCGACCAGAAAAAGUGGUUCGCUUUCGUGGACGCUAUUCGCGUCACCAAAUCGUCGCGCAGAAUGCUGCUGCGAAACGUGCACGCUGACGGGUCACUCGAAUUAGUGAGCCUCACUGGUUACCGACCAAAGCGACUUUAUCAUCCAAGCCCAGCCCUCCUCGCUCAUUUCGGAUUGAUCUGGAGAUCGAUGGGAUUCCGGACGCCCAGCAUCGACAAUCUUGACGCUGGCUCGCCCAUUGACGAGGCAUGCGUUGGAGCACAGGUCAAGUUUUUCGUUCCACUUCCACGUCCUGGACAACCUCAGUCUGUAGUACGCAUCGAGAUCGUGUCCAGCAUCAACCCGAUUCCGGUACUUACUAACAGCGAAGUGAGGAGGAAAGUGGCUGGCUGGCUGCGGUUUGCGUCGUGGGGACCAUGGGCUUUCGGUAUUCAGAGAGAUCCCCCGCUGGCCGCGCCUUUACCGGUUCCUGCUACGGUGAACGGAAUGCGGGCGCUGCUUCGCUGGGUGGAGAAGUAG